AGAGUCAGAGUUAGCUUACCCAACUCUUCUUCCAUUAACCACCAAAAUUCAUUGCUAUCAUACAACAAUGGUGGUUUCUUGCCUAAGCUUCGUCUCCUUGUACGGCGCCUUCCUCCGCCGCUCCAUCGCCGCAUCUGGCCUCUCGUCUCAGUCCAUCGACGUCGAUGCUGACACCACAAUCCACUUCUGGGGGCCUAACUCGCCGUCAUCCCCAACUGAUGACGGCGAGCAACGCAAAUCACCACUCGUUUUACUUCACGGUUUCGGUCCUCAUGGCGUCUGGCAGUGGCGUCAACAGGUGUUGUUUCUAGCACCUCAUUUCGACUUGUACGUCCCCGAUCUAGUGUUCUUUGGUGAAUCCACAAGCAAAUCGUCGGAGCGUUCGGAGAUCUUCCAAGCGAAGGCUAUCGGGAAGUUGAUGGAGAAGGUUGGGGUGAAUAAGUACUCGGUGGUAGGGACGAGCUAUGGCGGUUUCGUGGCGUACAGAGUGGCGGAGAUGUGGCCGGAGAGGGUGGAGAAAGUGGUGAUCGCGAGUUCAGGAGUGAACAUGAAACCAAAGGAUAACGGAGAGUUGUUGAAGCGGGCGAAGGUGGAGAAAAUCGAGGAGUUGUUGCUGCCAGAGACGGCAGCACAGCUCCGGACAUUGAUGCGGUUGGCUGCAUCCAACCGCGUCUACGUGCCGGAUUUUUUUCUCAAUGAUUUCAUUGACAAAUUGUAUUGUGAAAACAGGAAAGAGAAGAUGGAAUUACUUAAAGGGCUUGCACUUGGCAAAGAUGACCCCCUUAACAUUUCACCUCUUCCACAGAAAGUGUUGAUCAUAUGGGGUGAGGAGGAUAACAUCUUCUUGUUGGAUAAGGCUAAAGAGCUAAAAGAAAUGCUGGGGAAGAAUGCAUCAUUGGAGGUGAUGAAGAAGGCAUCACAUAUACCUCAGCUUGAACAGCCCAAGAACUUCAAUAAAAUUCUCUACAAAUUCUUGUGUGCCUCAUGAUCUUACACACCCACUUGUCAUACAACUAUUUUUUCUUUUAGUCAAUAAUGGUUGCUUUAACUUUCUGAA